AUGGUAUUCACACGUGGUCGAUAUUGCACCGAUCGUAUCUUCAUAAUUCAGAAGCUGGAGCAGCGCCAUGCAUUCAGAAGACUCAACGUUUCCGGACUUCAAAGAUACGGACACCAGAUAGCCGAUGGACUAAAGUUCAAAAACCAGUAUGACAUCGGUUCACUCUACGCUUUCGGUGGAGAGCUAUGA